GUAAGCCAGCUUAGAAUAUGUUCCAAAUUUGAAGUGCCUCAUUUCAAUUUAGUGUUCUUCCCCCUUUCAUUUCCUCUUCCCAUUGCCCAACUUUCCUUUCUCAUUUUCUGCUCCAUCUGAAGCCUUCAUUUCCUCUACCCACAUUCUUAAAUGCCUUCCUUCACGUAAUUCCUCCAUACCCAUCUCUUCUUCUCUUCUUGAUCAACGCAUUUUCACUCUCCCUCUACAUUUCUCUCCAAAUGGGUUCGAUUAUAAUGGAACCUGACGACGUCGCCGCCUACAUCAGCGGCUGUGACAGCCACAAUACCCUCAAAAACAUCACCAGAAUCUGUACAUUUGCCGACCGGAUUCACUCCACCGGCGUUUUCUCCGGUGUAAACCCUUUGGAAUUCUCUGUUCCUCUUCUGUUCUUACAGCUUGGACUCAGUGCUGGAACUAUCAUCUUGUUCUCUAUGCUUCUCAAGCCCCUCGGCCAGCCCCUCAUCGUCUCACAAAUUCUGGGCGGUGUAGUUCUAGGUUCUUCGGGUUUAGGCCACUUGGGGAGAUUUAGAGAGGUGAUUUUCCCUCUCAGAGGGUUCGUUGUUCUGGAUGUGAUUUCUGCGCUUGGCCAUGUUUUUUUCUUCUUUCUGAUUGGAGUUCAAACGGAUAUCUCGUUUGUGAAGAAGAUUGACAAGAAAGCAUUUGCUAUUGGAUCUUGUUCUGUGAUUUUGUCUAUGAUUCUUUCCACAAUUUACUCCAUAACCUUGGUUAACAUUGUUGAUAUCCAAACGGUCAAAUACCUUUUCGCCAUUGGUGGCACAGAGUCCUUUAUCAACUUCCCCAUGGUUGCUUCCCUUGUUUCUGAGCUUCAUUUGAUAAACUCUGAGUUUGGGAGAUUUGCUUUAUCAACUGCCAUGGCUUCCAAUUUCUUCAGCAUAUGUCUUGCAUUACUAGGAGCUCUGUUGACUCCUCAAGAUGAGGGCAAAUAUCAGACCAUAUCCACACUUUAUGCUUCUUUGAUGCUUGUAGCUGUCAUCUUUUUUGCUAUUCGGCCUACCAUUGUGUGGAUGAUUAAGAAGAAUCCGAUUGGACAGCCAUUGAAGGAGUGCUUUGUGGUUACAUUGCUUUUACUGGUGUUGGUAGUUGCCUUCUGCUGCCAGGCCUUGGGCUUGCAUAUCUAUACUGGUCCUCUUUUUCUUGGAGUUACAAUACCUUCAGGACCUCCCAUUGGAUCAGCAUUGGUGGACAGGCUUGAUUUCAUCACUUCCUGGGUUUUCAUGCCCAUCUUCUUUGUCAAAAUAGGCUUGGCUGUCAAUAUCUACGCUAUCAAACUCAUAAAUUUCUUGUGCAUGUCGUUCAUUGUCUUUGUUAAUGCAUUGGGAAAGUUUUUGGGUGCCCUUCUCAUUUCAACUUACUUCAAACUAUCUAUGAGAGACGCUGUAUCGCUCGGCCUCAUCUUGAAUUGUCAAGGAGCUCUCGAGCUUGGUGUGUUUAAAAUAAUGAGGAAGGAAAAGUUGAUAAAUGAUGAAGCGUUGGUAGUUAUGUGCGUAUGGGUGAUGGUUGUAGUUGCAAUUAUCUCUCCGAUAAUAAGACAUCUCCUUGAUCCUUCAAGAAGGUUUAUAGUUCAUAAGAGAAGAACAGUGAUGCAUUCGAGACCGGAGUUUGAUCUUUGUGUGUUAGUUUGCAUUCACGACCAAGAAGAUGUUCCAAGUGCCAUUAACCUACUUGAUGCCUUGAAUCCGACUAGACGAAGCCACCUUGUUGUGUAUAUCCUUCAUCUUGUCGAGCUUCUUGGUCGUGCUCACCUGGAACUCAUAUACCACAAGCAAAUGGAGGUAAGGACUUCAAGGUCAUGCUCCUCUAUACCUAUUGUCAAUGCCUUCAAAUACUUUGGAGAGAGCAAGAGGGAAAUACUUGCCAUCUAUCCCUUCACCGCGAUAUCACCUUCAACGACUAUGCAUGAUGUCGUUUGUUCACUUGCACUCGACAAAAAGACUUCCUUGAUUCUUGUCCCUUUCCACCAAAGAUUUCACUCCAACGGUGUGCUGUCGUUGUCCCAAUAUAAAACGAAAAUGGUUAACCAUCAUAUCCUCGAGAACGCACCAUGCUCUGUCGCCCUUGUUGUCGAACGUGGAAUUUUAAAGACCCCAAAGUCUAUUGCAACCAAUUUCCAUCCUUUCCAAAUAGUUAUGGUAUUCAUCGGUGGACCAGAUGACCGUGAAGCAAUGUUCAUCGGGGCAAGAAUGGUUGGACAUCCUAAUAUAAACUUAACAUUUAUUCGACUGCAAGAGAGCGGGAAUGUUCCGAGUAGUGAUGUUAAAGAAAGGAGGCUUGACAAUGAGUCAGUGAAUGAGUUCCGACAAAGUAUAGCAGACAACAAUAGAGUUAAGUAUAUAGAAGAGGUGGUGAAGGAUGGCAUUGGAACAAUCUCUAUACUCCGUUCCUUGGGGGGUGAUUUCGAUCUCGUAAUAGUCGGAAGACAACAUAACCCAUGUUUAGCACUGGUUCAAGGCUUGGUGCUUUGGAAUGAACAAACCGAACUCGGGGCAAUUGGAGAGGUGUUAGCAUCUUCAGAUUUCAUAGGCAAUGCCACGAUCUUGGUCGUGCAGCAACACAGAAGAGUCAUUAAUGAAGACGAAGAGCUUAAUCAAGAAGACAUCAUUCCCAUGGAUAAUACCAAGAAGAGAAUGAUGCAAAAUAGUUAUCCUUCCAAAAUUAGUUAUGAGUUUUGAUUCUCCUCCUCUUUUAGCUUCUCAACACUGUAAAUUCUCAGCUAAAAUCAUAUCCACCUGUUAAGAACAUCAUCUUUAGUUGAUCGAUCCGACUUUCAGUGAUGAACUUAGGAUAGUUUUUCAUGCUUGUUCUUUAAAACUUUGUUCAUAUAAUGAUAUUGAUAUUGUUCGUCAUAGCAAAAUUAGCUUGUGUUUUAGCUAGAAAUGAAUAGUUGAUAGCCUCUGAUCUGCUGCAUUUAUCAGUUGAAAAGCUUGCAUGAUAUCAAGUUCUAUGUAUGUUUUCUAUGUAAGUCAUUAAUUAAGAUGAACAGAUCACGGCCUAUAUAUUGAUAAAUCAUAAUCAUAGCAAUGAUUCAUCUGAACAAUUUCCAGCUAAGCUAAAUUCAAUGCAUGGAUGACAACAAGGAUGUUAGCCUAAGCAGAACACAUAAUGAAAGAUUAAGCUUUUAAUGGCAAUAAACAACAAGAUUUCCUUAAAAUCAUCAAACUUCUUCUGUACCUAUGGCAACAAAAUGGACACUGAGUUCCUGCUUUAGCCCUGCCUCUUUCCCUGCAGAAUCUUAUAGAAUGAUUAGAAACUUCAUUACCUGAAUUGAGACUAUUUUCAAGUCCUAAAGAGAAAGGCAACAAUAACUCCGAGCUCUUAGGCAGCAUUCAUCGAGAAACCCCGACCUCGGCUUGUUUGCCAGACAUUUUGAUCUUAUAAUACGACAUGCUCGUUUAGGUCAUAUCUUAGGUUUUUUCAAGCAUAUGCAAAUGGACGAUGUGUGGAAACAUAGAUAGUAGGAGAAGAACGAAGUAAAUACACGUCGAACGAUGAGAACGACUUCCUGACCUGACUACUAGAGAACUAAAGACCAAACCCAUGUAAAGCUUCUAAAAACUUGCAUAUGAGAAAUUAGAGGCAGCUCCAAAACUUCCUGUUCUAAUCAGCAUAAGAUAAUCCCAUGGGAAAACUCGAUCAUAUUCCGCCUCAAACAAGCAUACGAGCUCUUGAAACGAGCGUAUUCUAUGGCAAAUAUCAGAAAACCAUGCGAUAAAGAAGCAGAUAGAUCAUAAGUGCUUGAAUUAGACCUGGAGAUAUCUGUCUCAAUGUACAAUCUAAAGCUAAAGCUACAAAGUGAUACAGACGCCUUUCGAGUUAACGAAAAGGCGACAAUUCAAAGACUAACGAAUGCAUUAGAUGCUUACCUAGCCCGACGAUCACCAGUAAGUAAACAUCCUAAAUCGUUCCUCCGACAGUAAGCGAAAGAUUCGGAACUCAAAACAGACUAAAAGCUCCUUUGAAUAUGCAGAAUACUGAAA